AAAAAGAAAGACAAGUGCCAAUAUCCUAAUAAAGUAGAAUUAGCAAAGCAACAUGAAGUAGAUAAAAGAGAAACAUGGGUUAGUAACAUAGAAAAGCGUUUUGAAGCCUAUAAUAACCUUGAAUCUUUAGAUCAACAAAAAUUUCAAACUCAUCCGAUUCCUUCAGAGAAACGUAAGCCUCGUCAAUUAUCAAGAAUUAUAACUGAUCCAACAAAACUUGCUAUUAUUAGUGAUUAUAACAGAAGAAAUUAUCAUGUUUCUAACAAUAAUAAUAACUAUGAUAACAAUUAUUCAUUAUUUAAUCGUGAUAACAUUGACAUCGAAAAGUUGAUAGAAAUCAAAAAAUCCAUCGUUAAACAGGAAGUAACACCCAUGCAAGUUCCUCCAGAAAUUUGUUCAAAUUGCAAUAGUCCUAUUGAUGAGUUUGGAUAUUAUGCUAGAUG